CGUCUAUGGAGGAAAUUUCUGUCAAUCAAAACAUAGCCUAGCAAGGUUGUUUCGCGAUGUGAACUAAAAGUGGACCUUUUCGGAUCCUUACAAAAGCCAAAACUACGGAUGACCUCUUGACCUUGUUGGCAGGAAACUAGUCAGACCAUGGCCGCUGGUGCUGCAGUCGGGGAGGGUCAGAUCCAACGGAUUAUCAGAGAUCUGCGUGAUGCUGUUUCAGAACUGACAAAAGAGUAUAAGGAGAACGGCGAGCCCAUUACAGAUGACAGCACCAACCUGCACAAAUUCUCCUACAAACUGGAGUACCUGCUUCAGUUCGACCAGAAGGAGAAAACAACAUUUCUGGGAUACAGAAAAGACUACUGGGAUUAUUUCAGCGACUGCCUGGCCAAAAUCAGAGGAGCAAACGAUGGAAUCCGCUUUGUUAAAUCAAUUCCAGAGCUGAAGACGUCUCUGGGUAAAGGCAGAGCAUUUAUCCGUUACUCACUUGUGCAUCAGCGGCUGGCUGACACACUCCAGCAAUGCCUCAUGAACCACAGGGUCACCAGUGACUGGUAUAAUUCCCGGAGCCCAUUUCUGAAACCCCAUCUCAGUGUGGACAUCAUUAAUUACCUCUAUGAGCUCAAUGAUGUUCAAUUUGAUGUGGCAUCCAGGGGUCAUGACCUUGACUCAGAGUGGCCCACAUUUGCAAGUAGGACAUUGGGAAUGACUAGCUCCCCCAGUCACAUGUGGAAACCACCGAGUCGUAGUUCCAGCAUCAACAGUCUGGCCAGUACAUACUCUCAGCAGGCCCAUGAGUUUCCUGGGAGUCCAGACUUUGGACCUGGCCUUCUAUCUGACAUGUCUGUCCAAAACUCCAGUGGACUAAAUGAUUCUUCCAUCAGUGCUAUUGACGAACUCCGUCUGGAGCUGGACCAGUCUGAAUUAAAGCAAAGGGAGCUUCUCGACCAGGUUCAGCAGUUUGGCAGAGAGGCAGGUGAACUCCACGGGGUUGUGGUAGAACUCCAAAGGCAGCUGGACGUCUCUUUAGCCGCCCAAGGUAACCAUCAGGAGCUCCAGCGGAACCUGGAGGUGCUAGCUGAGAGUGAACAAGCACUAUCCCAUGAGCUGGAGGUCUUAAGGGGACGCGAGACUAUCAGGGAGGCCUCCUAUAAGGACCUCCAGGACAUGUUGGCAGCAGCAGAACGGAAAAAUGAAGAACUGAUGGCAAGGCUAGACGGAGUAUUGGAUGAGAAAGGCCAGAGGGCGGCCAGUGACUUCAACUCUGCCCAGAAGAUUCACGAGCUGUUAAAUGAAUUGAAAGAGGCUGAGAAGGGAAGGAUAAAUGCUCUGGCAGAAGGAGAAGAGAGGAGGAGGCAGGCGGAACAGCUGGCUGAGAAAAUCAGAAUAAAGGAUGAAGCACUCAAAGAGACUGAGAUGAAAAUGGCAGCUUGGAUGGAAAAGGGUGAGCAACUGCAAACCAGUGCAGAAGAGCACCGUAAUGUUAUGGACAAACUUCAAGGGGCACUUGCAGUGCGAGAGAAGGAGACCAGCAACCUGCAAAAGCAACUGCAAGAUCUCCAGCACUCUCAUGAAACUAUGGGAAAGCAUGUCAAAGUGGAGCGGAAGGAAAUGCAAGAGGAUAAAGAAGAGCUUGAGAAGAAGGUGAGUGGUCUGGAAGAGCAGUUGCAAACAUUACGGACACAGCUGAAGACUAAGGAGUCCAGUCUUCUCUCCAGUAUCAAGAGAGUCCAGCAUUUGGAAAAGGAAUCAGAGAAGCUUAAAAGCGAUAAACAGAAUCUGAGAGAAACCAUAUCUGCACUGGAGAACAGCACCAAAGAGCAGGCCAAGAAGAUUGAGGAAUACAAAGAUAGCUGUGGCAAGCUAAUGGAGGAAAACAGCAAGCUCCUCCAGGUGGUGAACAAAAAUGAACAGACCAAGAAGGAGUUGCUUGAAAACAAAUCUUCCCUGGAGAGUGAACUGGCUGGAUUGAAGGCCUCAGAGAAGCAGUUGCGAGCGCAAAUUGAUGAUGCCAAAGUGACUGUGGAUGAAAGAGAGCAGCGGCUCAGAGAGGAGAACAGAAGUCUGGAUGAAAGGCUGCAUAAGGCCAACUUGCAAUUGGAGGAAUCAGAAAGUUCAGUUCGCCAAAUGAAACUGGAGAACAAGGACAACAUGGAGGUUCAGGUGACUCUUAGAGCAUCUCUCACCGCCAUGCAGGAGGAGAUACGCAAUAUCAACAGCCAGAUUGCUGAACUUGAGAAGAGUCUUGGAGCUGCGAGAUGCAAUGAGGCAAACCUGACGGCACGGCUUAAAGAUAAGGAUUCCCAAAUGGAGGAUCGGGAGAAGCUCUGUGAGGAGCUCCAGGGAAGGGUGGAAGAACUUGAAGGUCGGGACAGGGAUUUGCAAAUGGAGAAGACAAAGUCCGAAAGAGCCUUAGUUAAACAAACAGAGAUGAUUAAGACUCUUGAGGCCCAGAGGACAGCUGUGGAGAAGGUCCAACUUGAGCAGAGUGCAUUCCAUGCUAAAGAGACCCAAGAGAUGGCCUCAAAAGUCACUCUCCUGGAAGAUCAGCUGGGACUGAGUGUGAAAGAGGUUUCUAGGCUUCAAGAGGAGGUGCUUGAUCUCAGGGCUAAACUUUACAGUGCUGUGGAGGAAAAUGACAAGACCAAAGCAAAGCUGGAGGUCACAGAUGCUUCCUGUGCAGAACUACGAACCUUGACUGAGCAGUUAAAGAAGCAGGCAGAGGAGCAGAAUCGAAUGCAUGUGAAAGAGCUGCUGCAGUCAAGCCAAAGGGUAGAUGCCAUAGCUUUGCAACUGAAUCAGGAAACGUCCACAUGCAAGAAAACCACUGCUGAACUCACUUCAGUCCAAGAGGAGCUUGCAGAGCUCAAGGCCCAGAAUGAAAGGUUGGUUGUGGAGAAUACAGAGACCAGGGAGGGUCUCCAUCGGGUCAACACAGAAAUGGCAGAGUUGGGAAUGACAAUUUGCAAGCUCACCGCAGAGCGGGAAGAGGCCCGGGAACAAUGGGCUGCCGAAACUGCUCGGAUCCAGGAACUUCAACAGCAAGGAGUAAAGGAAAUAGACCGACUUAAUGCUAGCUUGGUGGCUCUUCACCAAGAAAACUCCAGUCUACAAGAAGAGCUCCAGCAGAUGGAAAAACAUUCAAAAACAGUGCUGGAACUAAAGGAACUGCUGGACAAAACCGAGGGUGAACGGGAUGCUGCUCGUGAAGAGAUCGCCGCAGUGAAAUUUCAGAUGAGCACGGAAAGUAUGACUUUAAAAAAACAGAUAAAGAGCCUUAAUGAAGAGAUUAAGGGUUUGAAAACUCAGCUAGACAUGGAGUUGAAGAAGACAUCUGAGCUGGAGGCCAAAUUAUCCGAGUUAGAGGCAGUAAAUAUUGAAUACUCUCAUCUGAUUGAAGAGAAAGACUCUCACAUCACUGACUGUGAGACUCGAAUGCGUGGGAGAGAGUGUGAGACACAGCAACUGCAAGAAAGUGUAUCAAGUACCAAAGAGGCUCUUAGUGAGGUACAGAAAGAGAGGGAAGAACUGAAGCAGAAAUUGGAUCAAGUGUUGUCAGAGACUCAGAAUCAGCAUCUCCGGAUGACUGCAGAGCUGGAGGAUUUGGGCCAAACCAAAGUAAACCUGGAGGAACGGCUCAUCGAACUUAUCAGGGAUAAGGAUGCUCUGUGGCAGAAAUCGGAUGCUCUGGAGUUCGAGCAGAAGCUGAGAGCGGAGGAGCAGUGGUGGCUGGUUGAUAAAGAGGCCACACAUUGUCUGGGCUGCCAGGGCCAGUUCACAUGGUGGCUGCGGCGCCAUCACUGCAGGUUGUGUGGCCGUAUCUUUUGUUACUACUGCAGCAAUAAUUUUGUGAUGACAAAAAACUCAAAGAAGGAGCGCUGCUGCCGAGAGUGCUACAUGCAGCACAACGCUGUGGUGGAAAGAUUCACGAAAGCUGAACUCAACAGCUCAUCAGAGAAUCAACCUCCUCCUCUUCCAAAUGCUGCCAGUCAACCACCACCACCCUAUAUACCCACACCAAGAGUUACAGUUACAGAUCCUGGCGACAAACCGGAUGAUGGGGCAUUUGACAUCAUAACAGAGGAGGAAGUGAAUGAUACCUAUGACAGUGACUCGCGCACCACCACCGGGUCACAGGAAGGAGGAGGAGAUGGAAGACAAACUGGAGACCUUAGCAUAUCGAGUGACAUGACACCUGAUGAACAGGAAGAGAUGGUCCCUGUACAGGAUGCAGAAAUCACCCUCCUCAAGUCUGGAGAACUCACUGCCUCUGUGCCUCUGGAUAUAGAUCAGAUUCUUCAUUUCGGUGAUAGUUCCCGUGAACUGUUUGUCAAGUCCAGUUGCUACAGUGCCAUUCCCAUCACUGUGGGCGACCGAGGGCCCAUCAUCAGCUGGGUUUUCUCUUCUGAGCCCAAGAACAUCUCCUUCACUGUGGUGUACAGAGAGACACUUGACACACCUGUUGAGCGGGCCAAGGUUCUGAUUCCUCUCACACGCUGUAACUCGCAUAAGGAGACCAUACAGGGCCAACUGAAAGUCCGCAAUCCUGGAGUCUAUACACUCAUCUUUGAUAACUCAUUUUCCAGAUUUCUCUCCAAGAAGGUCAACUACCAGCUGACCAUUGAGAAGCCCAUCGUCUAUGAUGGAAGUGACUUCCCUUAAAUGUGGCUUUGUGGUGUGUAGCGUCCUCGUGUGAACUUGAUGUGCUUUAUUUUCAUCUUUAUUCAUCUCAGACCUGUUCCUGUGUGCCAAGAGUUUCUGUUUUAGAGUUGUAUGGGUUAGAAUAGUAUUAGUCAUGUUUUAUCGCUGAUAGCAUUCAGGCUACUCACUGACCUGUGUUGUGAAGCAGUUUCUACAGCAUAUGUACUUAUUGGAAAAUGCUUUUUGUUCUGAUCAAGAACUCAUCUACAUCUUAGAUGACCUGAAGGCAAGUAGAUUUUAAGGAAGUUUUUGAGUGAUUUUUUCCUUUAAAAAUGGCAAUUCAGAGAAGUCAUUUUAAUUUCUAUCUGCAUAUGACAGAGAAUACAAUUUAAGUCUGCAAACAAGACUUGGAGAUAUCCAAAAAUGGCAGCAGUUUGCAACGAUAUCACACUACAGUUCCACUACGGUUGUCCAAAACGAUAGUAUGUGCUCUGAGUUUACCAAGUACACAGGGAAAAGAGAAAAAUUUGUAUUUUGGCAUAUUUUCUUAAAGAAAUGCUACAUUAGGCAUUUGAGGAAUAUGAGGAGAAUUUCAUACAAGGUAAAACUGUAUGCUUCACAAAAGCAACAAGCUGUGCUUACGACACUCUCCUGUUUUUUUUUUUUUUUUACUCAAAGCAGAAUUCUCCAAUGUGUCAUGACAUAGUCCUGAAAGUAUAGCAGUUUUACUAUCUUUUUGUAGUCUCCACCAACUGUCAAAUUGUCACAGCAAUAUUUAUCUGCUCACUAUUCUUGUGUCAUCUAAAGCAUUAAUUAUUCACAAUUUAUAUGGGUAAAUAUGGCACUUUUUAUUUGAUCUACUCCGUGCACUAUUUUGUAUACAAUAUAUUGAAUUAAAUGGCGCAUACUAUGAAGUCAUUUAGCACUUGCACAGUGUCUAUUUUUGCAAAAUAUAAGGAUCAGUUUUUUGAUUUUAUAAAAUUGGUUUAUUGAUUCUCAAAUGCAUAGUAUUUUUGACAUGUUCAAUUUUAAUUAAUCCUUUCUGUAUAUGCAUUACUGAAUCUUCAUCCUGGUAGAUGGCCAAACACUAGUAAUAUGAACACUAAGGCUGUUAAACGUGUCUUGUUUGGUUUUAACAACUUUGAAAAGCAAAUAUCCAAGACACUCAUGUUUAUUCAGGUGUAUGUUUCACAUACAUUUCCAAGUGACAAAGCUGAACUAGACUGCUGCUCUUAUGAAGAUCUGUUUAUAUAUUUAUAUUGUAUCUCAAGCUCUAAUUUGAAUUUUGUGCAAUUUUAAAUAUUUUCCUAAAAGGACUUGCUCUUUUACAGGAGUUUUCAUAUGGUAUUUUAAAUAAAUUGAUGCAUUUUAAAUACAUUUUAAUGGGUUGUUCGGGAAAUUUCAUGAAUGUAACUGAAUUUGAUGAUAUUUGUGAAUCUAUGCAAUCACAGCGCAGUGUUUACAAAUGGCAGAACCCUUUAUAUGUAAUAAAGUUGAAUUGGUUCAACA